AUGGGCUCUGAAGGGCCGACGCCGCUGGAGACUGCGAAGAGUUUGAUCGACGGCUACAAUACAUGGGAGCUCGAUGCGAUCAUGAAGCCUCGCCAUACCAGCUGCACCCAGAAGGUCCUCCCGGCUCGUCUCAACCGCCCAGCCAUGAGCAACGACGAGUAUCGUCAGUACUUUCAGGGCGUGAUGGGUCAGUUCAGGGACUACCACCUCGAGAUAUCUGAUGCUACCGAAGACACGAAACGCCACAAAGUUGCCUUCCUACUGCAAGGGACGGCGAAGACCGCCAUUGGCGAUUAUGCGAAUGAGUUCACUGUCAUCAUACACCUCACCGAGGAUGACAGCCAGAUAUUGGAGGUCAAGGAGUUUGUGUACGUGCCAUGUGCCUUGAUCAGAGCCGAUAGCGGAUAUAGUAUGGACUUCUUCCAGCGACUGCGGGCUCACAUGGCGGGGCAGAGUUGA